CCCCCCAGCCCCAGCCAGGCGGAACCUGCUCGGCCGGGCCCAGCGGCUGCAGAAGAACUUUCUCCCGCCCCAACGGUCGUCGCGGCCCACAGCCUCGCCCACGCGGCGGCCAGCGGCGCCUCGUCCGUCCGCUCGAUCGCGUCCCCUCGUCGGGCACAGCCGCCCCUUCUGCCCGGCCCGCCGGCGCACCCCGCCGCAGUGAUGUGCGACAAGGAGUUCAUGUGGGCCCUGAAAAACGGAGACUUGGACGAGGUGAAGGACUACGUGGCCAAGGGAGAAGAUGUCAACCGGACACUAGAAGGCGGAAGGAAGCCUCUUCAUUAUGCCGCAGACUGUGGACAGCUUGAAAUCCUGGAAUUUCUGCUGCUGAAAGGAGCAGAUAUCAAUGCCCCAGAUAAACAUCAUAUUACCCCUCUUCUGUCUGCUGUCUAUGAGGGUCAUGUUUCCUGUGUGAAAUUGCUUCUCUCAAAGGGUGCUGAUAAGACUGUGAAGGGCCCAGAUGGAUUGACCGCCCUUGAAGCCACUGACAACCAGGCAAUCAAAGCUCUUCUCCAGUGAUGGAUGGAUGGAUGGAUGGAUGGACUGAUAACUUGGGAAGAAUGACUCUCCUGUGGCCUCACACUGCUGCCUGUCUGUCUGUCACUUUCUAUCUGCCAGCUUCUUCAGCUAAAUACUUUAAGAGGGGUGAGGGGAGAGAGAAAUUCAUAACAAAGCAGACUACCAAGGGGGAGAAACAUGUUUUAGAGAAGCAGUGGGAAAUGCGAUCGGGCUUUUACUGGGAUUCCUGAUCAAACCAGCCUCUUUUCCAUUUCUAGUAAAAUAGACAGCUUAUACCUAAGGGAGAGCAAAAAUAGUGUAUAGGAAUCCUUGGACCUUCUCAGCUCCCGAGUUAAUUUAUUAAUUAGUGUGUUAAAGGUCUGACUAUACAAGGCCAACUCUACUUAUUGGGUAGCCCUAGCUGUGAGCAGUAGUGGCUGCUGUUAUGUCAACUUAGGGUGCUGAGACAAGCAAUUAGCUACAGCCUUCUGCCUUAAGAGUGCACUCUCCUGGGGGCUCCUGGCUAGGUAAGAGCGCUGCCUAUGGUCAGUGACCAAAAUCUUGAAUGACUAAUCUUUAUGUGAAAGCUCAGAUAAGUGGCGCACCCCUAAAUUGAUAGAUGACUAAACUUUGGAUUUUCUCUCCCCUUUCACAUGAAUUUUGUGUCUCUUUAGAUAAAACUGACUAGUUUUAUUUAUAAAAUGUUAAAUUCUAGGAGCCUAAAGGAGGAAUCAUUCCAGUAUGCUUAUUUCUUUCUUUCUCCUUUAGACUCAGACAUUUAUAUAACAUUGAAACACUUUGAGACUCCUGCUGAUAGUAAAGGGAGAUUUAAAAAUAAAAUCAUAGCCAUAAGCGUGUUAGUAUCUUAUAAAGAGAGAACAGUUGUCUUAGUACUUACGGAAUUUCUUUAUUUGCUAUUUGAGUGAAUCAGCCUUAGUUGUGUUUGGAAAAUGAAGAAUAUUCUUUGGAAUGCCUCUCUUAAGACCCACCAUGGAUGCUGAUUUUGUAGUGCACCAAAGCUAUCACUGGGGUGAGAUGUACUAUUUGGAUAGAUGGAUCCUCAUCCCUUCAAAAACCUGCUUGUCAGGUUUCCUUGAGCUGUUGAUUGACUCUUGUUGGGCCAACACCACCCCACCUGCAUAGUGUUUUUGUUUCUUUUAACAAUCAUGCAUUGCAUACAUGUGAUAACUUCACAAUACAUUCUGUGUUCUUAGAAUACACUGCCCUAAAAUGGUGUUCUUAGGACCUGCAGAAAAUUUAGUAGACUUAUCUCUAAAUUUUAAUUCAUGAACAAUAAAAUGAAUUAAAA